UCUCCUGACGUCACCAUGUCGCUGUCGGCAGAGUUCAGCCGACGACGGUUGGAUUGGGAAGUGGUUCGGGCUCGGCCUUUGCGUCUACGAAAAAAUAUAUUCCAGUAUGGCUGGAGCUGGGAAGACUUCGUUUACCAAACGUGUCGCGGGUCAUGUCGUGGAUGGCGCCAGACCGUAUAUAAUCAACUUAGAUCCUGCGUGCCGUGAAGUGCCGUAUCCAGCAAAUAUUGACAUAAGAGACACAGUGAACUAUAAAGAAGUUAUGAAGCAAUAUGGCCUCGGUCCGAACGGAGGCAUUGUUACAUCGUUAAAUCUGUUCUCCACUAAGUUUGGUCAGGUCGUGGAACUCAUUGAAAAGGCCGGACAGAAACAUAAGUACUGUGUCAUUGACACACCUGGUCAAAUAGAAGUAUUCACAUGGUCAGCAUCCGGCACCAUAAUCACAGAGACACUGGCUGCGUCAUGUCCUACCGUAGUUGUGUAUGUCAUGGACACCGUCCGCAGUGUGUCACCGGUCACAUUCAUGUCCAACAUGUUAUAUGCCUGCUCUAUACUCUAUAAGGCUAGACUGCCGUUCAUUGUGGUCAUGAAUAAGACGGAUGUAGUAGACAACGCAUACGCAGUAGACUGGAUGCGAGACUUCGAGUCGUUCCAAGACGCGUUGGACGCGGAGGGAGACACCGAGGGCGGCGCCACGUACGUCGGCAACCUCUCGCGCUCUAUGGCGCGCCUAGACACCUUCUAUAAGGACCUCAAGUGUUGUGGCGUCAGUGCGCAUACUGGAGCGGGCCUUGAAGAAUUUUUCACACUCGUAGACAAAGCAGCAGAAGAAUAUGAGACUGAAUACAAAGCCGAUUGGUUAAAAAUGCGAGCUGAGAAACUGGAAGAACAGAAAAAGAAAGAAGAGGAAUUAUUAAAAGGCCCAAACAGUUCAGACGCCGUGAUAGAAAAACGCAGUCUGAUCGACGAGGUGCCAAUAGGAAGAGAGAUGAGCGACAUAUACCUCUCGCAUCCCGGAGACGAGAGCUCCAGCGAUGAUGAGGGCACGGAGAAUCAGCCAGAAAUAGAUGACAAACCAGAGGAUGUGGCCAUGUUCCAGGAAUUCCUAAGAAAACACGUGAAGCCGAACAAUACUGAGAAUAAAUCGUAGUAUGUAAGCUAACUUGUGAUCUGUACAUAUAUGUCGCUAAGUUAGGUUAAGGUUUUUAUAUUAAAUACAAUAAGUGAUAAA